AUGUCUGACCAGAGGGUCUUCACUAGAUAUAAAGCCAAUGAGCUGCGAGCUGAACUACAAGCCUUCGAUGUGAAAAAAUCGAAAUCGAGUGCUAAUAAGAGGAAGAAUGCUUUACGGAAGAUCGUUGCCAAUCUAACGAUGGGGAAUUACAGUGAGAUGGCAAUCUUGAUUCCUGAAAUUUUGAAAUUUUGGAAGAUCGAGGAUGACCUUGAAGUAAAGAGGAUCUGUCAUGAAUAUGUCAGAUCGCUGGGCUCCGCGAGGCCUAAGAUUGCCCUUGAGGCAUUGCCACUGAUACUUGGUGACCUAAACAGCAGGAACGAGCAAGUACAGAUUAUGGCGCUGGAAACAUUGGUAGCAGUGCCCGUAUCCGAGUUCUUCGAGGAAGCUACGAAAAAUGUUUUGUCAUUCAUAAAUCGCCGUAGCGUACCACCUAACGUGACUAAAACAGCAAUUUAUGCCUCGGAGCAACUGGAAUUCACAGGAUCUGCGAGGACAGAUCUUUUGGACCUUCUUUUGAAUCUUAUCGAGCGGGAAAAUACACAACCAACUUUAAGAAUAGCGGCACUACAUGCUUUGCAUACCAUUCACGACAGAAAUAUGGAUCUGCAGCCUUUAAGGCUCCACAUGGACACAUCAUUCAAACUAUUAGAUCUUCUGCCUCAACUGAAUGAAUGGGACAAGGCACUUGCAUUGGAGUCAUUAACCAUUUCAGCAGUGCCAGAAAAUCACGAAGAUGCAUAUGAAAUGAUUGAUAUUGCGUUGACGCAAUUGCAACAUGUUAACACCUUUGUUGCCCUGAACGCUUUCAAAUUUGUUGCUUACUUACUGAAUUACGUCGACCAAGUUGAUGAGUCGCUAAUUAAAAGAUUUUCAAAUUCCAUUGUGUCACUAUUGAAUAAACCACCAGAAAUACAGUUUCUUGUAUUGAGAAACAUCAUAUUACUGCUGCUGAGUAGAGAUACUCCUUUGUUACAAAUGGACGUUUCCUAUUUUUUCAUAGAGUUCAAUGACCCCAUUUACAUCAAGGACACUAAACUCGAAUGUUUAUACCUAUCAGCGAAUCGCGACAGUUUGUCGAGGAUUUUGGAAGAACUUGAACAGUAUGCCACAGAUAUUGAUAUUCAGAUGUCACGUAAGGCUAUAAGAGCUAUCGGAAAUCUUGCUGUCAAGCUCGAUAGAGAUUGUGCAGCUGAAUGUGUGUCAGCACUCUUGGAUCUACUGGAAUUUGGUGUUGAUUAUGUCAUACAAGAGAUCAUAUCAGUUUUUAGAAAUAUUUUGCGGAAACACACCGAGGACUUCACUUCCAUCAUAAACAAACUGGUUGAAUAUAAAGACUCAGUUCAGGAGCCAGAAUCCAAAAAUGCAAUGAUAUGGAUAAUAACUCAAUAUUCUCGAGAUAUACCGAAUUAUCUACAAGUUUUUGAUACCUUUUCCUCUAAUAUCAAGGAGGAAACCCUUGAAGUUCAAUAUUCCAUUUUAAAUUCCAGCGUACGGUUCUUCGUUAGAGACCCUAACCCAGCGACUGAGAAAAACUGUCUGCAAAUGUUCAAAGUUUGCACAGAGGAGACCAACAACCCUGACCUUAGAGGAAGAGCCUUUAUGUAUUGGAAUCUAUUGUCCAUGAGUCAGUCACCAAAGAACCAUCUGAUGAGUAGCGAUGCCAUCAAAAAAAUUGUAGACGGCGAAUUGCCCGUAAUAGAAUUGAAUACAAAACUAGAUCCACUCGUUUUAGAGGAACUUGAGCUCAAUGUUGGGUCCAUUGCAUCAAUAUAUCUCAAGCCCGUGUCUCAAAUCUUCCGAACGGACAGGACCAAACAUCUGCUGCGCAGUCCUGUUUUGAAUAAAGACAGGAAACAUAUCAAGAUACUGAGAAGAAGCACAAGCGGUCUGAAUUUUGACGGUUUUGAUGCUCUUCCGGAAUUGGUGUCUCGCAACGAUUCUGAUAGACGCUCGAACAUAUCCGCGAGAAGGACAAAGAUGAACGAUUACGAUAAGCCGGCUGAAAAGGUCAAUCAUUUGAAAGGCAAAAGGAAGUCAAGCUCGACAAGCCCUUCUAAAAUAACACGAAAGCCAUCGAUGUUAGUCAGAAAGCUAUCGAUACGGAGGCCCUUUUAG